GCGGGAAGAUGACGUGUCCUGGGCGUCCGGCUCUGAGUCGACUGGAAGGAGCAUGUGGGUCUGCGGCGCGCUGUGGGGGGCGCGAGCCUCGGCCCGGCUGCAGCGGAGGCUACGCCCCGCUUCGGGCCGCCGCCGGCCUGCCGCCGCCUCCUACUCCGCCUCUGCCGAGCCCUCCCGGGUCCGGGCGCUGGUCUAUGGGCAUCACGGGGACCCGGCCAAGGUCGUCGAAACCCUAAUUACUGGGCACACAAUGGCAGCUCAAAAAUGUUGCUGCCUGACCUACUUUGGGGAAAUGACUCGAGCAAAAGACGCCCUGUCUAGCCUGGGUGACAUUAACAUCUCUCUUUGGCUCUGUGCUUAGACUGAAGAACCUGGAGCUGGCUGCUGUGGGCGGAUCAGAUGUCCAUGUGAAGAUGCUGGCGGCCCCUAUCAAUCCCUCUGACAUAAAUAUGAUCCAAGGAAAUUACGGCCUCCUUCCCAAGCUGCCUGCGGUUGGAGGGAACGAAGGCGUUGGACAAGUGGUAGCUGUGGGCAGCAGUGUGACUGGGGUGAAGCCGGGAGACUGGGUCAUCCCAGCAAAUGCUGGUUUGGGAACCUGGCGGACUGAGGCUGUGUUCAGCGAGGAAGCACUGAUUGGAGUUCCGAAUGACAUCCCCCUUCAGAGCGCCGCCACCCUGGGUGUCAAUCCCUGCACGGCCUACAGGAUGCUGAUGGACUUUGAGCAGCUGCAGCCAGGGGAUUCUGUCAUCCAGAAUGCAUCCAACAGUGGAGUGGGGCAAGCAGUCAUCCAGAUCGCCGCAGCCCUGGGCCUGAGGACCAUCAAUGUGGUCAGAGACAGACCUGACAUCCAGAAGCUGACUGACAGACUGAAGAAUCUGGGGGCUGAGCAUGUUAUCACAGAAGAGGAAUUAAGGAAACAUGAGAUGAAAAACUUCUUUAAGGACGUGCCCCAGCCGCGGCUUGCUCUCAACUGCGUCGGUGGGAGAAGCUCCACAGAGCUGUUGCGGCACUUAGCGCGCGGAGGAACCAUGGUGACCUACGGGGGGAUGGCCAAGCAGCCCGUCAUUGCCUCUGUGAGCCUGCUCAUUUUUAAGGAUCUCAAACUGCGGGGCUUUUGGUUGUCCCAGUGGAAGAAGGACCACAGUCCAGAGCAGUUCAAGGGGCUGAUCCUCACACUGUGCGAUCUCAUCCGCCAAGGCCAGCUCACGGCCCCCGCCUGCUCCAAGGUCCCACUGCAGGACUACCAGCGUGCCUUGGAAACCUCGAUGCAGCCCUUCGUAUCUUCAAAGCAGAUUCUCACCAUGUGAUAACGCCAGAGGAGCCAGAGCGAAGUGGGAGGGGAGACAGAUCAGCAAGACUGCUUUCGGGCCCCUCAGUCAGGGCCCUUGACCUUCCCCGGGCUGCUCCUCUCCUCACUGGCACUUCCGAGCAGGAGAACUGUGAAGCCAGCAAAGUCUUUCUCCCAGGGCCAGCCUCAGGGUAUCUAAUAAAGUCUGAACUUCCUAAAAACAAACAAACAAA